AUGGCUUCCACCAGCAGCGCCAAUCCCUCAGAGCAGACGCCUCUUCUAAGCCCACCGGCUCUCAGUUCUCCAGAUACAUCGAAAAGAGCCACAAGGAAUGUCACCUUUAAUCCUAAUCCAUCAGUUAUUACAAUUGGUACAAAUGGAUCUGGAUCUGGAUCUGGAUCUGGAUUUGCGCAGUCGCCCAAAGCUUCCUUACCCUCCUCAACAGGCCCAUCACCAACAUCCGGUAUAAGCUCUUCUCUCAAUAGCAAACUUCGACGACGAAAUAGCUAUGGCUCUCCUUUGGUGCCAAUGCAUCCCAGCAUACCAGCAUCAAAGAUUGGUCCUCAGAGAACCACCAAGAACGUACAGAAGCUUAAGCUUCUACCCAAUCCAGACUUUGGCGAAGAUGGACCGGAUGAAGAGAGUGGACGGGACGUUUAUUCACAAUACACACGAAUCAAAGAUCCAACAGCGCGCAGAGAUGCUGCAAGAUUGGGAAAGGCGGAUCGUGAUCGAUUACCUCGAGUUACCGCAUACUGUACCGCCAAUAAAUACCAACUGGAAAAUGUGAUGCGUUUUUUGAAGGGCCGAGGCAAGACGAAGGGAGCCAACCCAAAAUUAUUUGACGAAUGUAUAUAUACACCAUUUAGAUAUGGCAAGGACUUUGGAAAAGCGACUUCAGCUCGAGCCAUGGAGGUACAUAGCGCGCCAGUAACGAUGAGGGAUCGGAGACAUUCGGAUAGUGCUAUUGAGGUGGAAGAUAACAACAAACAACGACGAGAGGACCUAAUAGAUCUACACACCGACGGUGGUGAUAUUGCGAUCAGCAAUGGCGACCACUCACCCGCUAACCAGCGUCUGCCGGAAGUCAUUGAACGACAAAUGGAGAACGAGACCGAAGCUCUCAUAUCGGAAAGCAAUCCCGAUUUCGAUACUCAGAUACACACACCCGAAGUGUUUCUAUUCGACUAUGGCGUUGUAGUAAUAUGGGGUAUGUCUGUAGCACACGAGCAACGAUUUCUGAAAGAAAUAGCGAGGUUCGAGAGCGAGAAAUUGGCAGCCGAUGAUGUGGAAAUGGAGUCGUUCAAUUUUUAUUACACCAAAGAGUAUCAAGCUAGGAUCUAUAACGAUUUUAUUACGCUGAGAGAAAAGGGAAAUUAUAUGACCAAGCUGGCGAUUUCCCAUGCAUUGGCGCAGAGUGUUAAGACCUCACUCUUUGAGUCUCUCGUAGACAACACCAUCGAAACAUGCAAAGACAUCCCGACUCAAAUUGCACUAACUGGAACCAUCGCCCUCUCACGAAAAGAAAUCAACAUGCAAAUUGGCGAACUCUUCAUCCUCCGCAUAAACAUCCAUCUCAAUGGUUCAGUUUUAGAUACACCGGAGCUAUUUUGGGUAGAACCGCAAUUGGAACCAAUAUACCAAGCCGUGAGAAGUUAUCUGGAAAUGGAUCAGAGAGUAAAGCUAUUGAGUGAAAGAUUGGAUGUCAUUGCAGAUUUGCUGGCUGUACUCAAAGAUCAGCUAAGUCAUAGGCAUGGGGAGAAAUUGGAAUGGGUUGUAAUUGUUCUGAUCGCCGUGGAAAUCUUGGUGGCAGUUCUUAAUAUCGUUGUCGAUUUAUCGGUCGGCGAAUAA